CGCGGAGGGAGGAGAGAGUGAGAGAGGGAGGGGGAUGAAGCACGGCCGAGGGAAGAAAGCAGGAGACCCUUUUUUCCUGCUCGUAGCCGGGAGAUUUUGGUCGUUUUUACGCCGUGAAACACCCCCCCGGAGAACACGCGUAAUUGACGCGGAACCGCGCGGCAGCCAGGACGCACGAAGAUCGUUAUGAUGGACAGAUAACAGAAGAGGAUGAGAAGAUGUCGUUCUUUGGUCUGGACUGUUUCAGCAAGACGGAGAGAGAGCUGGAGAGGAAGAUCACGGCCAACGACCGCGAGUACAACCUGUCCUUCAAGUACGCGACGAACGCCAUCAAGACCUCCAAGUACAACUUCUUCACUUUUCUGCCUCUGAACUUGUUUGAGCAGUUCCAGAGGAUUGCGAACGCCUACUUUCUCGUGCUACUGGUGCUGCAGGUGAUUCCUCAGAUCUCCUCCCUCUCCUGGUUCACCACCGUCGUACCUCUCAUCUUUGUGUUGGUAGUCACCGCUGCCAAGGAUGCAACUGAUGACAUAAAUCGCCACAGAAGCGACAAUCACGUAAACAACCGAAAGGUCCAAGUACUUAUCGACAGAAAGCUGCGGAGCGAGAAAUGGAUGAACGUCCAGGUCGGCGACGUCAUCAAGCUGGAGAACAACCAGUUUGUGACGGCCGACCUCCUGCUGCUCUCCAGCAGCGAACCGCUCAACCUGGUUUACGUCGAGACGGCGGAGCUGGACGGAGAGACGAACCUGAAGGUGAAACAAGCUCUGCCGGUGACGGGAGACCUGGGAGAUGACGUUGAGAAGCUGGCCGACUUCAACGGUCACGUGCUCUGCGAGCCUCCCAACAACCGGCUGGACCGCUUCAAGGGGACGCUGACGCACGGCGGCCAGAAGCACCCUCUGGACAACGAGAAGGUCCUGCUGCGCGGCUGCACGCUCAGGAACACCGAGUGGUGCUUCGGACUGGUGCUGUUCGCAGGUCCGGAGACGAAGCUGAUGCAGAACUGCGGGAAGAGCACGUUCAAGAGGACCAGCAUCGACCGCCUGAUGAACGUCUUAGUCCUCUGUAUCUUUGGUUUCCUGGCCUUCAUGUGCACGAUCCUGGCGAUAGGAAACUAUAUCUGGGAGCUGAACGAGGGCUCCGAGUUCACCGUCUUCCUGCCAAGAGAAGACGGCAACGACUCCGGCUUCUCCGCCUUCCUCACCUUCUGGUCCUACGUCAUCAUCCUCAACACCGUGGUGCCCAUCUCUCUCUACGUCAGCGUGGAGGUCAUCCGGCUGGGGAACAGCUACUACAUCAACUGGGACAGGAAGAUGUACUACGCUCACAACGACACGCCCGCCGAGGCGCGCACCACCACGCUGAACGAGGAGCUCGGCCAGAUCAAGUACGUCUUCAGCGACAAGACGGGAACGCUCACCCAGAACAUCAUGAUCUUCAACCGGUGCUCCAUCAACGGCAAAUCCUACGGAGAAGUUUAUGACAACACAGGACAGAUUGCUGAGCAUAAAGACACGGUGGACUUCUCCUUCAACCCGCUGGCCGACCCACGCUUCGUCUUCCACGACCACGCCCUGGUGGAGGCGGUGAAGCUGGAGAACGCAGAGGUCCACGCCUUCUUCCGACUGCUGUCGCUCUGCCACACCGUCAUGGCUGAGGAGAAGACGGAGGGUGAGCUUUCCUACCAGGCGCAGUCCCCGGACGAGGGAGCGCUGGUGACAGCUGCCAGGAACUUCGGCUUCGUCUUCCGCUCACGGACACCGGACAGCAUUUCCAUCGUGGAGAUGGGGAAGCAGCGCAGCUACAAACUCCUGGGCAUCCUGGACUUCAACAACGUCCGCAAGAGGAUGUCCGUCAUAGUGCGAAGUCCGGAGGGAAAGCUGUCGCUCUACUGCAAGGGCGCCGACACGAUUGUGUUUGAGAGGCUGCACCAGUCCUGCAACAAGCUGAUGGAAGCCACCACGGAGCACCUCAACGAAUUUGCUGGGGAGGGCCUGCGCACCCUCGCUCUGGCCUACAAGGAUCUGGACGAGGAAUACUUCAGCGAGUGGAAACGGCGCCACCACGAGGCGAGCGUCACACUGGACGACCGGGAGGGCCGACUCGACGAGCUGUACGAGGAGAUAGAGACCGAUCUCCUGCUGCUAGGAGCAACAGCCAUAGAGGACAAGCUUCAAGACGGAGUCCCGCAGACCAUUGAGCAGCUGGCCAAAGCAGACGUCAAGAUCUGGGUUCUGACCGGCGAUAAACAAGAAACUGCAGAAAACAUUGGCUACUCGUGUAACCUGCUGCGUGAGGAGAUGAAUGAGGUCUUCGUCGUCUCUGGCAACUCGCUGGAGGACGUCAGACAGGAACUGAGAAACGCACGGAUCUCCAUGAAACCAGACGCAGCGGAGAAUUCAGCGUUUUUGUCCGAAGGGACUCCAGAUGAAGGUGUGAAGGUGGCGGAGGAGGUGGCUAACGGAGAGUACGGCCUCGUCAUCAACGGACACAGCCUGGCCUACGCCCUGGAUCACAGCCUGGCGCUGGACUUCCUGAGGACGGCCUGCAUGUGCAAAGCGGUGAUCUGCUGCAGAGUGACUCCCCUGCAGAAGGCUCAGGUGGUGGAGCUGGUCAAGGAGCACAAACGAGCCGUCACGCUGGCCAUAGGGGACGGAGCCAACGACGUCAGCAUGAUCAAAGCCGCCCACAUCGGCGUGGGCAUCUCGGGCCAGGAGGGCAUGCAGGCCGUGCUGUCCAGCGACUACUCCUUCGCCCAGUUCCGGUUCCUGCAGCGCCUCCUGCUGGUGCACGGCCGCUGGUCCUACCUGCGCAUGUGCAAGUUCCUGCGCUACUUCUUCUACAAGAACUUCACCUUCACCUUCGUGCACUUCUGGUACGCCUUCUUCUGCGGCUUCUCUGCCCAGACGGUGUACGAUGAGUGGUUCAUCACGCUCUUCAACAUGAUGUACACGGCGUUACCGGUCCUGGGGAUGAGUCUGUUUGACCAGGACGUGAACGACGUGUGGAGCUUCCAGCACCCGCAGCUCUACGUUCCCGGCCAACUGAACCGCUACUUCAACAAGAGCGCCUUCUUCAAGUGUGCACUCCACAGCUGCUACAGCUCUCUGGUGCUCUUCUUCAUCCCCUACGCCGCUCUGCACGACACGGUGAGGGAUGAUGGGAAGGACGUCGCCGACUACCAGUCCUUCGCCCUGCUCACGCAGACGUGCCUGCUGUUCGCAGUCAGCAUCCAGCUGGCGCUGGAGAUGUCCUACUGGACGGCCGUCAACACCUUGUUCCUCGUGGGCAGCCUGCUCAUGUACUUCGCCGUCACCUUCGUCAUGUACAGCAACGGCACCUUCCUCAUCUUCCCGUCCGCCUUCCAUUUCGUAGGAGCGGCUCGAAACUCCCUGAAGCAGCCCAACGUUUGGCUGACCAUCCUCCUCACCUCCAUCCUGUGCGUGCUUCCUGUUGUUACCUACCGCUUCCUGUUGAUCCAGCUCUGCCCCACCAUCAACGACAAGGUGAUGCUGAAGGUGAGACAGGCCAAGGCCACGCCUCCUCCCCCCACUCGCCGCACCCGCAUGCGGCGCACCAGCACGCGCCGCUCGGGCUACGCCUUCUCGCACGCACAAGGAUACGGAGACCUGGUGACGUCGGGCCGCUUCCUGCGCCGCCCUGCGCCGCGGUCCUCGGGGUUGGUGCACACGGGCCGCACCACCACGGGCUUCAGCCCCAUCGGGCGGUCGGCCGGGUACAGCCCCACGGGGCGGCCGCAGAACGCCAGGGCCCCGGACGUGGAGGUGACCUCGCUGCAGAUGUUCAGGACCAUCGCCGACCCCGCCCUCUAACGGGCGCCACCGAGGACGCCGGGACCUGGCCUGGGCUUUCCUGGCUGCUUCAAGCUCUUACGCACCACUUUUACCUUUAUGUCUCUCCGACAGUAAACAGCAACGUGGGAACAAAGAGAAGAUGUUUCGCGUGACGAGAACGGAGCGUCACCAUGUUUACAGACCGCCCGCACGGACGUACGUGACCCUGGGAGUCCACGUGCACACCGUUGCUUUUACAGAGGAAAUAACUGGCAGAGCCAUUGCUUCAUUCAUUUAAAUUUUAUACCUUUUUUUUGAGAGCUUUUUAUUUUCUUAUCUUGAAAGCUGCACGGAGCAGCCUGCACUUUGAUGUGUCCCACGUGGGAGAUAACCAAACUUCUAAAGGACAGCAAACCGCUCCCUCGUCGUUCUUCUCGUCUGCUUUUAAAGGGCAUUUACUAAAGAAAUAUGUAUAUUUUACUUCUUGUGCUGGAAUAAUGGCCUCAAACCUGCAAAUCCUGCAAAGCCGCAGGACUGACGCCUCCUUCAAUGUCCCACAAGCGGUUGCUGGUGUGGAAUAAGUCACAUUUCACACUUUUAAGACUUUACAGUUCAAAACGAACCCUUUUAAUGAGAAUACUUUUGGAUUGUGGGAUUAUACACCCCCCUCUUGGAUCUCUAUGAUGUCCAUCUCUCUGUCUUUGUCCUUUUCAAGUGGCUCUUCAGUCCAACAUAAACAGCGCAGCAAGGAGAAGAGAGAAAAGAUGUCUUUGUUUAAUUCUUGAUGAGUUUAUUUUGCUUUCUUGCCCCCAUAACGGAUCAAACCAUUUAUAACCCGAGGGACAGACCUAAGAAACGAUCUACCGGGGUAUUCAAUUGUAGAAAAAGGGAAGAGAGCAUAAAAAGCUCAAAGAUUAAUCAUCUAAUUGAAUUGGACCACAGAUUAUUCCAGCAGUUGCGGAUGAGAAGCUCUAAACAGAUGUUUAUGUGAAGGGUUGAACUGCGGAGAAUACUUCACAUCCUUCAUGUGCUCCUGUACUCUCAGUAAACCAGAUUUUGCACUUUUGCCUCGCUACCACGGCUGUGUCGGAUGAGGACACCUGCCUCGUCUCGUCGCGUCGUACACACUACAACGUCAACCGAGUGAGCCUUCAGUCCAACUCAUCUGUGCAGCCGUGAACAUUCACGUCAUCAUCCGUGCCUUUUUUUAUGUGGCACUAGUGGCCUUUAUUGAGAAAGUAGGAAUGGGGGGGAGGGCAUUGCAGUAUAGAGCAACUCUACAAAUGGUGCCUGCUCAACCUACUGAGCUGUCUAGGAUCCCCAUCGGUGCCUUUUAUUUUUGGAACCGUCAUGUCUGCAAUCUGCAGCGAUCGUCCAGAAAACACUGAAAAACAAGAUCUGUAAUGUUUUUAUUGUGUAAAACUCAUUUAUUUGCCUCAUCAGAAAGCUUUCCUUUGUGUUGUAAUUACACACACACACAUAUAUAUAUAUACACACACACACACACCUUUAUGAUCUAAACAGGGAUGCAGGAGAAGGUUUCUGCACCUCAGUUGAACGGCAAUAAAAAAAAAAUAUUUGAUACAGCUGGAUUUUUUUUUUUUUUCAAUUCACAAACUGUUUAGUUAGCCGUCCAAAUUGGUUUAAUUUUUAAUUGUGCACUUGUGGUAUCUGACACACGCCUUCCCCGGGCCUGAAGCUGCCUGUUGAUGUGCGACACAUCAGGGGGGCCAAUGGGACUAAUGGGACCCUGUAUCUGAACUUCUGUGACUGCCGUACAGAGGUGAACUGAAUGUACUUAACGCACCCUGGUGGUGAACCGAAGGUUCUGAAGACUUUGUACGACGAUCAGCUGCAACAUUAUGAGCACAUACUAGAGGUGGAGGAGCCCCGGGACAUUUCUGACCAGUCGGGGUGUGGAGACAGAGCAUGGGAGUGUCAGUCAUGUCAGUCCAGGUUAGCCGUUUAAGCCUGGCUGACUGAGCUUAUGUUAACCUAUAACGCUAAUCGAUGCAUUCAUAACAUUCACUCGUAUGACGUCUUGUCCACAUAUGAGGCCUGCUGGGUCGCUCAGCUGGUUGUGAUCAGGUGUUUUGGGAUGAUUGUCACACUUUUGCUGAAAGGGUCCUGAAAGGGUCCCACUUGGCUCCAAGGUCCUUCAGCGAGUCCACAGACCAGCCGCCUGCUCUUAUCAAGCGCUGUCCUUCUUUAAACUUGAUGAAAAUAUGUUUAUUUCUGCUGCAAAGUUAGACAUUUUAGCGCAGAGGUCAGUGGAGAUCAACUCACUUCUGGCGUCACCCUCCAGUGGUCAGUCGAGGAACUGCGAUUCUUCUCAGUUCCACGUUGCCGCUGCAACAUUUCCAUCAUAAAGCCGGCGCUCAUACCCCUUUUCCACCAAACCGGUUCCAGGGCUGGUUCUGGGCCAGUGCUGAGUUUAGAACCAGGCUUUCUGUUCCCACUGACAAAGAACUGUCUCCAGGCCAGAGAACCUGGUUCCAAGGUAGCACCAACUCUUUGCUGGGCUAGAGGAAAGAACCGCUUACGUAAGCGGAGGGGGCGGAGUUAUUAAGACCAACGGCAAUAGCAAGACUGGGAGACAGAGACAUUUUCAAAUAAGAGACAAAUUAAUCUGGAUGCAGCAAAGCAUCAUGGGUCUGAGGAGGAGACGACCUUUCUAGAGAUAUGGUCCACGGAGGUGCUACGUGGACCAAGCCCAUAUUAGAGCAAAAAAAUUGUUGUUGCUUCAACUUUCACGCAAACGCAGCGAUGUAAUGAUGUUGCUCCCCUUAGCACCCGAGCUAUGGAAAAGCAAAGCGGUUCUCAGCUGGUUUGCAAGUUGAACGAGUCAUGAACCAGCACCAGCACUGGAACCGGUUUGGUGGAAAAGGGUAUCGCACUCGACCUGUUGUGGCUGAUCAGUGUAAUGAUUUACUUGUCUCUUCAGUAAACUUUAUGCCUGUUUAUAUUUGGUGCUGGAAGUCUUCAUACCACUAACCACACAUCUGUUAUUCACCGUAGAGCCUUCCUUAUGGAAAUAGCGAGGGUCGUGUUUUAUUUCACUGCAUAAUUGUAAAACCGAUGCUGGAUGUUAUUUUUAACUCACAAUGAAACCAAAGUUUUUGUGGCAUUUGUUUGGCUUGGUAUUUAAUUCAGGUUUGUAUUUGACAGGCGGGAAUUUUCCCGGCAGAAUUUUGGGCAAAACUUUAAGGUAAAAAAUGCAAAAAUGCAUUUUUUUUUUAGGCAAGAAGAAACAACCUGUGCAACGUUGGUCUGCAGUGUCAACGCAAAAUAAAUCAUAAUGUGUUGAAAUGUCUCUCCGGUACUUUACAAAGUAGACUAAAGCCAUACGUGUAUUUGAUUAUCUUGCCAUGAAGACCGAGAGGGGUUAUUGAUAACUGAUCGACUUUCUCGAGCACGGCUUUCCUGAUCAUCAUUUUGUAUUCUUUUAUACCUUCAAGAUCUUUUUAAUUAAAUAAAAAGCUCUGAAAGUUCAA